AUGCUCUGCAAAGUGUGUGAUCGCUUGAAUGUAACCGACCUGCUCAAGCAGGCGAAGGCGAUUAGUGAUAGGAACUUUCUUUCCGACGACUACUUUUAUUUUGAGCAUCACAAAAGAUACGAUGAUCUCGUGACUGCAGCCUUGUCCGGAUGUGAGCUUUGUCUACUUCUUCAACGGCAAUGCGAGGACGAGAAGAUCGAAGUAUACGAUCAAGACUCAUUAGUUACACUGGAACAAAAGUUUCGAAUAUUGGAGGCGAAUAAUAGGCCUAUGGACUUGCGAGUAGAUAUUAAGGCUUCGCAUCUAAAUGGUGUUCAACCGUUCGAAAAAGGAAAGGUUUUUGACCAUUUGACUUUCCAACAUUGGGAGAGUGAUAAUAUUGAUUUUUCUCUUCGUAUAGUCUUUAUUCUGCAGACGUCAAAAGAUCAACCGAAAUUCAUUGACGAUACUCGAAUAGGUCAAUUUAUCAUUGACGAGGAUUUGGCAUCAGACGCAAACUUCGAUAUUGCAAGAGGCUGGAUGAACAAUUGCAUUGUUGAACACUCUGAAUCGAACUGGCCUUCGUUUGAAGACAAAGUCUUACCUUCUAGAGUGAUUGAUGUUGGUUCGGAAGACACAAAUCCAUCUCUUUUUGCGACAAACGGUCAUAGAGGCAAAUGGAUCGCACUGAGUCAUUGUUGGGGAGGCCGAAUUGAGACCAUUUUAAUAACAUCGAAUCUGCAAUCAUUCCAGAAAGAGAUAAAAAUGACAAGCUUACCAGCUAAUUUUAGAGACGCAGUUUUGAUCACUCGAGCGCUCGGCUUUCAAUAUUUGUGGAUCGAUUGCUUAUGUAUCAUUCAAGACUCCAAAUAUGAUUGGGGAAUUGAAUCAAAAAAGAUGGGAGAGAUUUAUCGGAACGCCGUCCUGACUAUCGCAGCAGCAGCCGCACAUAAAGCCGCCGAUGGUAUACUUCACACCCAAUCGCAAACAUCUCGCGAUAUGAAGCCCAAACUCAAGUUAUCAAAGGACAGUGGAUCUGAUGACGUUGUAGAAAUUGCCAGCUCGAUCUUCUGGCAUGAAAAUCUCAACAACCUGUUUCGAUCUGGCCCUCUACAAUCUCGAGCUUGGGCAUUCCAAGAGAGAAUACUUUCACCUCGAAUAUUGUGGUAUGGUCGCAGACAAAUCUACUGGCAAUGCCUAUGUGAAUUUCAAUCUGCCGACGGUACGCCAUCAGAUUGUGAAAGUCUUCCCUGGUUCAGAGACCGCAUCCAUCCUGUAAUCAUUCAAGGACUUAUUUUUAAGCAGAAUCAUAAUGAUGGGUCCACGACAUUUUCCGAAGAAGAACUUUCGGAGAUAAACUUCGAGUAUCAAACCAUGGUAAAAGACUACUGCACCCGAACUAUGAGCUACCCAAAUGAUAAACUCCCAGCUUUUUCCGGCGUUGCAGCACUACUCCACGAAGGAAUUGGAGGACAUUAUCUGGUCGGAAUUUGGAGUAAAUUUUUCCGGGAAAACUUGCUAUGGCAAACGCCGAUGGGUAAUGCACCUCGUACAGUGCAGUACCGAGCACCAUCAUGGUCCUGGGCUGUUAUGGAUGGAAGUAGCGGUACUGUCAAAUACGCCCAUAUUGUUGUUGAAACGCUCACGUUGAAGUUAAUUCACCUGGGUCAAUACAGGAAUCCCUCCAACAAAACCGAUUUUUUCUUAAGAGAUUGGGUUGAGUCUACGGGACUCAGUUCGUUAUCUCCCCAUAUUCCUCCCAAGCAUUACCCCUCCGAAAUUCCUCGCGGGAAAGAGAGCGAGAUAGCCUCUAUCAAUAUCGAAACCAGCUAUAGACAUGCCAAGCUGCGAACUCAUUACCGUCUCAACUGGGAUGAAAAGACCCCUAAUUGGUUGGCUAUUUCUCCGCUUAAGUAUAAAGUCAUGCUCGUAGGAUUGGAUCAGCGAUCGAAGAAGUACAGAGAUAGCACGUCUGUGCUGGUUUCAUUAUCGUGUUUAAAAUGCCUGAUCUUGCAAGAGGAUCCCGAAGAUGCAAAGGUGUGUAGACGUGUGGGACAAGCGGACCUGAGUUUCUUAUGCAGAGAGGCGGAGAAGCCGGAUUUGGCUGGAUGGUUGGCUUCAGAUUGGUGGGAAAGAGAGACGCUAAAGUUGAUUUGA